AUGGGUUUAUCAGUAGGAGAAGACAAGUCAAAUACCCUAAUUCAGAGAACGCCUGAUGGAUAUAAUCAUCUUGAAGCUGCUAUUGCUAAGAUUGCUGUUGAGAUUCCUGAGGCUAAGGAAUAUGCUACUGCUUUGGAAGUGGAUGUCCUGAAUACCGAGGGAGCUACCAAAACGGGUGACAGAGCAGCAGUGUCUAGGGCUUUGACAAAAUUUGCCAAGGACCUUCGCGCUGGAGCCCAUACUGUGGGGUCUAAUCCUGAGCUUUAUCACCUGGCUGACAAUAUUGCUCCUGCUGAGUUAAGACAAUUGGCUGGGAAGAUUGUGACUGGGGAAGAAGGUUCGCUUAAAGCGGUCGACAAUUUAAUGGAACAAUUUGCCCAGCUGGUUGUGCAUGCGUGA